UCGAAUUUCUGAGAUUGAUGGUAUUUUGGGAAUUUUGCAGAAAUGGGGUCUUCUGAACGUUUAAGAUCUUCGCUAAUGGUGUAUAGGAAUCUACUAAAAGCAGUGAAAAAGCAUAUAGGGAAGGAAGAACACAAGGUUCAUUUCACUGGCUUCAUCAGGGAAGAGUUCAAGAAGAACAACAAUCUUGAAUGCCCAAAAGACCCCUCUUUUAUUCAGCAGAGGAUUAAUCUUGCUCAAAAUUAUACUUACCUUCUCAACAGUGUCCACCAUCAUAAG